CACCACGUGACCAAACUGCCGUAUGAAAUGAGUCGCUUGGCACAGGACCUUGCUGGCGGACUCAUGGUCACACUGCCCUCCGAGAAGGAAUUGAACCACCCGAAGAUCGGAAAACUACUCCAGAAAUACCUCCGUGGGAGUAAGGAGUACUCCACGGAGCAGCGGGUGCGCAUCCUGCGCCUGAUCGAGAACAUGACUCUGGGCCGUAAUGCCGUGGGCUAUUUAACUGAGAGUAUGCACGGCGCCGGGUCACCCCAAGCACAGCGCAUUCAGAUUGGUCGAACUAUGCAGUUGGAGUACAAGAAGAGACUGGCGUGUGUGUUGGCGGGGAUUGAGAUGGAGGACGGGGAGGAGGUGAAUGGGACAUGUAAGGAUGCUCUGGCGGAGGAGGUCUCUGGGUACCUAGGCAGAGUCUUCGAGGUUGAAGCGUAG